UCGAAUAAAAUUAUCGAAGUUAUGUCAGAGGUGGGGUCAGGGGUGUCCUCCAAUUGUGUGACUAGCGAUAACGCGAUCACCCAUAUCGAAAUUCCUUAAUCGGAGAGAUUGAACUGUUUUUGACCACCAGAAGUCUUCUCUGCUCUCCCACUUUCUCAUCUUUCCUUGAAUUUCACCCCUUCUUUCUUUCAUCUCUCAAGACAAGGAAUGGAUUGUGUGAGCCCAAUCUUGGAUGUUGUAACUCGCUUAUGGGACUGCACAGCCAAGCACGCAGUCUCCAUCAGGGAUUUGCAGCAAAAUAUGGACUCUUUAAGAAACGCAAUGCAGGAGCUGAGGGAUGUACAUGACGAUGUAAACAGAAGAGUUGAACGUGAGGAGCAACGACAAAUGAGGCGCACAAAUGAAGUGAACGGCUGGCUCCAUCGUGUACAAGUCAUGGAAAAAGAAGUCAAUGAGAUUCUGCAGAAAGGCGAUCAGGAAAUCCAGAAGAAAUGCAUAGGAACUUCUUGUCCCAGAAACUGCCGGUCCAGAUACAAGCUCGGGAAGAAAGCAAGUGAAAUGUUCGGUGCUCUGACUGACUUAAGGAACAAAGGACGUUUUGAUGUUGUGGCUGAUAGUUUACCUCAAGCUCCAGUGGAUGAGAGGCCGCUGGAGAAGACCGUGGGCUUAGAUCUGAUGUAUGCAGAGGUUUGCAGAUGCAUCCAAGAUGAACAACUGGGAAUUAUUGGAUUGUAUGGUAUGGGGGGUGCCGGGAAAACUACCCUCAUGACCAAAGUGAAUAACGAAUUCAUCAGAGCAAGCAAGGACUUUGAAAUUGCCAUAUGGGUUGUAGUAUCCAGGCCUGCAAGUGUGGGAAAAGUACAAGAAGUCAUUCGCAACAAGUUAGACAUCCCGGAUAAUAGAUGGAGAGACAGAGCUGGGUAUGAAAAAGCAGUAGAAAUUUUCAAUGUCUUGAAGGCAAAAAGGUUCGUGAUGUUGCUGGAUGAUGUAUGGGAGCGGCUUGAUCUCCAUAAGGUGGGUGUUCCUCCUCCUGAUUCCCAAAACAAGUCCAAAGUAAUAUUAACAACCCGAUCUCUGGAUGUUUGUCGUGAUAUGGAAGCUCAAAAAAGCAUUAAGGUGGAGUGUUUGACAGAACAGGAGGCUAUGAAUUUGUUCAAGGAGAAGGUUGGAGAGACCACUCUAAAUUCACAUCCAGAUAUACCCCAGUUUGCCGAAAUUGCUGCUAAAGAGUGCAAAGGUUUACCACUUGCACUCGUCACAAUUGGGCGAGCUAUGGCCAGGAAGAACACACCACAAGAAUGGGAGCGAGCCAUACAAAUGUUGAAGACUUAUCCGUCAAAGUUUUCAGGUAUGGGAGAUCAUGUAUUUCCGAUCCUAAAAUUCAGUUAUGAUAACUUGUCAGAUGACACCAUCAAGGCUUGUUUUUUGUAUCUUGCUAUAUUCCGAGAGGACUAUGAAAUUAGAGAUGAUGAUCUUAUAUUCCUCUGGAUUGGAGAAGGGUUUUUGGAUGAAUGUGAUAACAUUGAUGAAGCAUUUAACCAAGGGCAUGACAUGAUUGAGCAUCUAAAGACAGCAUGUCUAUUUGAGAGUAGUGAUGAAUAUUAUCAUAAGGUUAAAAUGCAUGAUGUUAUUCGUGAUAUGGCUUUGUGGUUAUCUACAACAUAUAGUGGCAAUAAGAACAAAAUUUUGGUAGAAGAAAAUAAUACUGUGAAAGCUCACCGAAUUUCAAAGUGGAAAGAAGCGCAAAGGAUAUCUUUUUGGACUAAAAGCCCUCUAGAACUCACUGUACCAUUGUAUUUUCCCAAACUCUUGACUUUAAUUGUUAGGAGUAAAAGUGGUAACUUCCAAACAUUUACUGAUAGAUUCUUUUCGAGUGGAUUCUUCCAUUUUAUGCCGAUUAUAAAAGUUUUGGAUUUGUCAGGUACCAUGAUAACUGAGUUACCAACUGGAAUUGGUAAUUUAGUUACACUAGAGUAUCUCAAUUUAACAGGUACAUUAGUAACAGAAUUGUCGGCGGAGCUUAAAACUUUGAAAAGAAUAAGAUAUCUGGUAUUAGAUGAUAUGCCAUAUCUUCAAAUAAUUCCGAGUGAAGUAAUAUCAAAUCUCUCAAUGAUGAGAAUUUUUCUAGUAGGAUUUAGUUAUUCAUUAGUGGAGGAAAAAGCUAGUCAUUCACCCAAAGAGGAGGGACCCGAUUAUUCAAGGGAGGAUUAUGAAGCUCUUUACUUGUGGGAGAAUAAUAAAGCAUUAUUGGAGGAGUUGGAAGGGUUGGAACACAUAAAUUGGGUCUAUUUUCCCAUCGUAGGUGCUUUGUCUUUCCAAAAGUUAUUAAGCUCCCAGAAACUACAGAAUGUUAUGAGGGGUCUAGGCCUUGGGAAAUUGGAAGGCAUGACCUCACUCCAAUUGCCAAGAAUGAAACAUCUAGAUAAUCUUAAAAUAUGUGAAUGUCGGGAGUUGCAAAAGAUAGAAGUAGAUCUGGAAAAGGAGGGAGGACAGGGAUUUGUAGCAGAUUAUAUGCCAGACUCGAAUUUCUACAGCCUUCGCGAGGUCAAUAUUGAUCAACUUCCAAAGUUGUUGGACUUGACAUGGAUUAUUUACAUCCCAAGUCUUGAACAACUUUUUGUACAUGAAUGUGAAUCCAUGGAAGAAGUGAUAGGUGAUGCGAGUGGGGUCCCUCAAAAUCUUGGCAUAUUCUCAAGACUCAAAGGUUUGAACUUGCAUAAUCUACCAAAUCUAAGGAGCAUCAGUAGACGGGCCUUGUCAUUUCCUUCCUUGAGAUACCUCCAGGUGAGAGAAUGCCCAAACCUAAGAAAGUUGCCAUUAGAUUCAAACAGUGCAAGAAACAGUUUAAAGUCAAUUAGAGGGGAAUCAAAGUGGUGGCAAGGGUUGCAGUGGGAGGAUGAAACCUUUCAGCUCACUUUCACUCCCUACUUCAAGUGAAGAAAUGACACAAUAGUGGAGAAGCUGCACUCCUUCCUUCUCCCACCCCUUUACCUGCUUUCUCCCAUGCUCUCUCAGGAGAAGUUCCUGAAGAAUACUUUGGCUCAGCUGAAACUCCUAGCAAUUGUUGAAUCACUGGAUGCUUUGUGCGCAUAGGAUGGAUGGGUUGCAUAAAUAGUCAUUUAAAAUAUAUAUAUAUAUAUAUAUAUAUAUAU